AUGUUAUACCUGGAGAAAGGACCCCCACCGGCUCCGUGUUGGCUAAAGUCAGGAGUGCAGUGGAUGCGACCCAAGAACGCGGCUUGGAAGCAUACAACAACGGUAGCACACAGCUAUUGUCCAGGCCCAACCCACCAGGCCCAAGUUCGCUUGGAGAAGAGGUUCAACUGCACCCCCUGUGACAUCCCCAGACAACAGGAUGUGCAAUCAGCAGCUCUUAGCAAUUUUUUGACAAUGCUUCAUCACUCCAAUGAGGCGCAAGAAGCAGCAAUGCAUCCACAACCGCAGAAGUGGGUGAGGUCAGAUCGGGGCAACCCUAUUGAGCUGUCAUACCCAUAUGGAAGCAUGUUCUACCCCAUCGCUGGCGCCUGUCAAGGGUUUGGGAUGGUCCCUCAUAUGCUUGAACCCAAUAAGCAUCAAGGGUUGAUCAUUCCAAAGAACUUCACAUUCAGCUAUCGGCCAGACAAGAUGCCUGACAAAGUUCCAUGUGUCAACAGCCCCAACUCAACAGAGGAGAAAGUUUGGGUGAAGGUGGAAGAUGAUGCUGUGGCGAAGCCUGCUAAACGCGGUAGGACCCGUGGACCCUGCGCUAUCAAGGCCCCCGGCAUUGUCCCAAACUCAGUGGAGGGAAGAGCAGCUGGAGGAGCAGGCACCAGGAAGAGAGGAGGGCCACCAGUGGAAAGUAGCCAGCGCAGAGAGAGGCACAACAGCAAGGAGCGGGACCGCAGGAGGAGGAUCCGCUUCUGCUGUGAUGAGCUGAAUGUGCUGGCGCCGUUCUGUAACCACGAGACGGACAAAGCCACCACCCUGCAAUGGACCACCGCCUUCCUCAAGUACGUCAGAGAGGUGUACGGGGACUCCAUCAAACAGGAGUUCCAGGGCACGUUCUGUGGCAAGACUGGUCAGCGGCUCAAGCCCAGCAGUGCCUCAGGUCAGGUCAUGGUCCGCCAGGAGACAGCAGAGCCACGAAGCGCCCCACAGGCAUCGGAGCAGUAAAUACACACCUACACCUAUUUAAUAAUUAUUCUAUUUAUUAUUAAUUUAUUUUACUCUCAAGAGUAGCUUUGCUCCAUCGGGUUUGGCUUUGGAAUGUUAGCUGUCACAAAAGCAUCAGGUAUUGCCAGAGAGACAGACACAUCCAUUUGAUAGUUUUUUGAGGGUAGAAAAAGGAUUUGGGUGUUCUGUUUAUUUCUUUAUUACAACACCUUGAAAUAUUAUUUUUCCUCAAAGUGAUUAUUACCCCCCUUGACAGGGCAUGUACUCCAACAUCUACAUUUCCGUCUUGAUCUAGUUGGUCACAAUUUUUUUAUCAGAGAUUUCAUAAAUGUUUAUUUUGCUUAAAAGUGUUCAAGUUCGACUGAUAUUUGAAACGAGCUUCCCUUCCAAACCUCAUGAAUGACAAUAAUUAAAACAGGUGAAGGUUUUAAGUUUCAGACCAUGGAAGUAACAUUUCAACAUGGUUUUGAGGGUCUUGAUUGUACAAUGCAUGUUUAACUGCACUCCAUGACUCCUAUGGAUGAGGUUAGUGUAUAUGAGGAAGAAGGAGAUAUGUUUUUUUUUUAUACAACUUUACAUAAUUGUGAUUCUUUGAGCCAACAAAACUUUUUAUAAAAAAGAAGAGUACUUUACUGAAGGUCGUGCACAGGAGGCACUGUUUCUCUACGAUAGAAGAGAAUGUAUGAAAAUGUAUGCACUCACUAACUGUAAGUCGCUCUGGAUAAGAGCGUCUGCUAAAUGACUAAAAUGUAAAUGAAUUUCAUCUCCAAUGUUUAUUGAAAACAUAAAUAAUUUUGCACAAUGAGCACUUGUCUCUCAAAUACAUCAUUACAGUUGUUUGUUAGCUAGCUAGCACAUGUUUGUCAUAUUAACAUAUACGUGACAUAAGUCAAAACACCUCAAAACAAGACAUGGUAUCAAGAACAAGAUGAAACUAGCUGAAACGAGCCACUUACGAUUCUCCACAAGGCAGCUUCUUGUCAUUGUUGCUAGCUAACUGGCCAUCCAGAAUCACAACAACACACAGACCUUUGUCCCAUUUGAAGCGUGUGCAACAUUCGUGACGUUGCCAGCUAACCCGUUUAUAUGUAUAAGUCUGACUGACCAUAAUAAGGCUACAUAUCUCAUCCCCUUAUAGAAUAUUCUAUCUAUCAUCUAUCUAUGACAUUUACAUUUUAGUCAUUUAGCAGAUGCUCUUAUCCUACUAAUGUUUAGCCCUGUCUUAUUAGUGGAGAUAUGCACGCAGAGGCCUCGACAUGUGUACCGCCAGUGUCACACAUUUAGCUACAGUCUAUGUGAAAGAGGGGUGGGGGUGGAGAGAGAGGGAGAUGGAGUCGACAGACUAGAAUAUAUCGAAAUAAAGAAAACGGUGGUUUGAUUCAUUCUGAAAAUUGCCAGAUUCAGUUCUUCAACCCAUGGUUACAUAAGACAGAUAGUUACUUAAGGCAAAAACAAAAGUAAUGUGGUUGAUCGGGCGUAUAACGCGACGUCUUGCCACUCAAAGGUUGCGAGUUCAAAUCUCAUCACGGACAACUUGAGCUUUUUAGCUAAUUAACAACAUUUAACUACUUACUACUUUUUAGCUACUUUGCAACUACUUAGCAUGUUAGCUAACCCUCCCCCUAACCCUAACCUUUACCCUUUUAGGUAACCCUUCCCCUAACCCUAACCUUAAUAACCCUUUAACCUAACUCCUAAACUUAAUCUUAACCCUAACCCCAAACCCUAACCCCUAGCCUAGCUAACGUUAGCCACCUAGCUAGAAUUCAUAAGAUAUCAUACGUUUUGCAAAUUCAUAACAUAUAAUACGAAUUAUAAUUUGUAACAUACAGUAUCAAAUGAAAUGGGUGAUGGACAUCCACAAAUUAAUACAUACCAUACGAAACGUAACAUAUCAUACUAAAAGGAGUGUCUCGGAUUUAUGUCCAGGUUGUAGGAUGACACAGCCAAGUAUUGCGCCAUGCAUUGGGUUCAGACUGUUACGGCUUGGUCUGCGCUCCACUCAUACCGAUUUAAUUAGCAUACAUGUCUUUUUAAAAAUAUUAUCAACUGGUACUAAUGAGCCUUAGCAACAACCACACAGCCCUGACGGCAUUUACAGAGGAAGCAAAUGAAGGUAAACAAAGCAAUGUAAUUAAAUAGAAUGAUAAUGUCGGCUAUACCAACUGAAGGGAACUAACAGUUGUUUAAUAUGUGUGGUUAUUAGGUCUACUGACGGUCAAUACUGAUAGUGGCUAAUAUUUAACAUGAUAGAACUAGUCAAUAGAGAAAGUCAGGGUAGCCUAUACUGUCAUUAAGACAUUGGAGAGUGCCCAUCCCUGCAAGUUAAAAGGCCGUACAACUUAAAUUGUGCAUAAUGGCACAGCAAUUUCAUAAACUUUACUGUGGGAAAGUUGAUAUGUUGAUAUGCUUAAAUUUGCUGCCAUAUGACUGGUUUCAAAUUUGUCUCCAGCGAUUUAUAAGGUACAAAUAGAUCAACAAGUGUAAUUUAUAUUUACAAUUGCCUUAUCCAAAUGAAUUACUAAUUUACCUAGCUCUUAUCAAUAGCUCUUAUCAAGUUGUAAAUUAUAUUGCAUGGAGAAUGGUGUUAUUUCUAUUGGGAAAAAAGAAAGUCGAUGCUUUUUCCACUUGGAACCGUAAGGUUCGCUAGACCUUAUUCGCACGUGAAGGUGGUGGGAUUAUGAGGGAAGUAAGUCAUCAGAAUUCGGCGUAUCUGUAGACACACCUCCGCCACACUUUCAUUUAUUCAGUCUCCACUACAAACGAAUAGCAGGUGAAUAGCAUGCUAUUCUCAUGCUUAAGUUCAAAGUCAGAAUACGCAUUGAGAGAAAAGUGCAUAAAAAGGGAAUUAUGCUCCAUUUAAGCACGCUUCACUUGGGUCAGAAUUCCCCCCUUAGAGAAAAGCCAUGAUUUAGCCCAAAUCACUCGAGUAUCAGUCUUUGGAGCUCUAGGGCCCCUGCCCCUCCACCCCCUCCCAGGAUCGGCCUCUCAUUCUGGGCCGUGUUUUCCCGGCCUGCUGGGUGUCAGCUGGAGUAAUGAGAUAUUUAGUAGAGAGAGCGAGAGAGCCCCGUCUCCAGGGGGAAUACGCUCUAACACAAGAGGCCCCAAACUGACUUUCCUCCGAAUGCAAUUUUCUCCCUUCUUUAUCUCUUGUCUAGCUCGUCAGAAUGAAGGGAGGAAUUGAGUGCUGGAGAGAGGGAGUAAAUAUGCCUGAGCUGCCUUCAGCUAAAGAGACAUGUUCAUCUGCUGAUAGAUACAGUCAAACCCUCAGAGAUUAACACACAGUGACAGAGACACCCACACUCAGACAGACACACAGACACACACACACAGGUCCUUUCAGGCCAGCCCUAUAGUAUGAUAGAGUAGUGAUAUAAACACCAUCUGGUUAGGAUGGCGAUCACAGUAUGAGCCAAACUCCCUGACUGAGUCUGAAAACUCGCCUCCAACUAAAUGUUUCAAUUAAAAGCUUUUUAUUCUCCCGUGGCAAAUUGUGUGUGUUUGAGCAGGUUUUGCCCCCAGUUAGGCUUUGAUUUCAGCGUGAGUAAUGUAAUGGUGUGAUAUGAUAGAUUAUAAUGUCUGUGGUUUAGUGUCCUCUGUAGUUAAAUCACUGCCGCCGUGUCUUUUAUGUUACAGCUCACUGUUUAGUGUGUGUGUGUGUGUGUGUGUGUGUGUGUGUGUGUGUGCCUGCGCGCAAGUUCUAUUUUCUUAUCCGAACUGUCAAUAUAAUAUUAAAUAUUCAGACUCAAACCCAGUACUGUCAUCAGCAUAUUGCAGCUGAACAAACAGAGACCGACACACACACAGGGAGAGAGAGCGACACACACACACAGAAACACAUGUACCUCAUUUACGGACACAACGCUCUGAUUCUCUCUCUAAGCUCUCUAAAUCUCUUUCUCUCACCCCUCUCUCGCUCUCUUCUCCCUUUCUUUCUAACCAUCUCUGUUCUCUCUCUCUACCUCCGUCUACCUGUCCCUCUCUAUCUGGCUCUUUCUUUUUCCCACUCCCUCUCCGUGAGAUGAUGAAAUACUUUUAGAACUCAGGAAAUCGCUUUCUGUGGGGGGAAAAAACCAUUCUGGACUGUAAGAUAACUGGGCCCUUACGGGAAGCUAGUCCCUUCCCCUUAGUUUUGUGUGCUUGUUAGUGUCAUGUUACGUGUGUGUCUGCGUGCAUUGUGCGUAUGUUGUGUUAGGGUUAGUUUGUAACCAAUUCCUGUAAACAAAUCAACAUGUCGGUAUAUUUUGAAUAUACAUUUAGGAAAUUCCUUGUGCAAUCCUGAACCCUGCUUCCCCUUUCUCUCCCUCCUCCCUCCCACCCUCCCUCCUCCCUCCCUCAGGGCUGCUCGUCUCCCAUCGUGGUGAAGUUUGCAGACACGCAGAAGGACAAGGAGCAGCGGCGCCUGCAGCAGCAGCUGGCUCAGCAAAUGCAGCAGCUCAACAAUGCCACCACCUGGGGGAGUCUGACGGGGCUGGGCGGCCUCACCCCGCAGUAUCUGGCUGUAAGAGGACACGCCGCGUCGCCCACCCCUUACUGCAGCCCCGCAGCCAACGCAUCCAUCACCGCCGCAGUCAGUGCCACCCUCCCCGCCCCCCACUACCCUCCCUGCUGUCGCCAAAUUCCGACCCCCCCCUGUCCACACCCCUAGAGAGUCAGACCCCCCCCUCCUUUCCCUUUCGCCCUCUCCUCCCCCUUAAGAGUCCACUCCCCCCCUCCUUCUCCCUCUCUCAGGGGGUGUAGCCAUGACAGGGAAAUGAGGCCUUUGAAUCAUAGGGGUCAACGUUCAAUGGGCGGGGCCAAUCAUUGGUGUGAUCCAAUAAGAGGUCUUCCCCAUGUCUAAUAUUGUUGUCCUAUAUGGUCACAGUGGUGAUUGAUUGACAGAUUGGCUUGUGGUGUUCAGAAGCCUCAUUCCCCCUGCCUUCGUCAGUACUUUAGAGCAUUUCAGAACCCCCCUCUCAACUCAUUCUUAGGACCCCCUUACUCCGGUAGCCUCUUUCAGAACUGACCCUCCACACUUCCUCUUUCACUCUGAAACCUAAAACUUCUGUCCCCAACUUCUCUGAAACAGACCAGUCUACUCUUCCUUGAGUCCUCUUCAUCACAACUAGGAUCUUUUCUGAAACUGUAAACUUGUAAAUAGUUGUAAAAAGUUGUAAGCAGUACAUGUACAUAAGCCUUUGAGGGGCAUGUUUUUUGACAGUUACUCUCAGUAUUCUAUUCUGAAAUUGUACAUGUCUCAGUGACUCAGUGGUUAGAUGUACAGUAGUAGAUGUCAUAUACAGUUUCCUUUGGAAAGUAUUCAGACCCCUUGACUUUUUCUACAUUUUGUUAAGUUACAGACUUUUUCUAAAAUGGAUAAAACAACAAACAAAAAACUCUGCAAUCUACACACAAUACCCCACAAUGACAAAGCGAAAACAGUUUUACCUUAUUUACAUAAGUAUUCAGACCCUUUGUUAUGAGACUCGAAAACUCAGAUGCAUCCUGUUUCCAUUGAUCAUCCUUGAGAUGUUUCUACAACUUUAUUGGAGUCCACCUGUGGUAAAUUCAAUUGAUUGGGUAUGAUUUUGAAAGGCACGCACCUGUCUAUAUAAGGUCCCACAGUUGACAGUGCAUGUUAGAGCAAAAACCAAGGAAUGAGGUCGAAGGAAUUGUCCGUGGAGCUCCGAGACAGGAUUGUGUCGAGGCACAGAUCUGGGGAAGGGGACCAAAAAAUGUCUGCAGCAUUGAAGGUCGCCAAGAACACAGUGGCAUCCAACACUCUUCCUAGAGCUGGCUGCCCUGAGCAAUCGGGGGAGAAGGGCCUUGGUCAGGGAGGUGACCAAGAACCCGAUGGUCACUCUGACAGAGCUCUAGAGUUCCUCUGUGGAGAUGGAAGAACCUUCCAGAAGGACAACCAUCUCUGCAGCACUCCACCAAUCAGGUAGAGUGGCCAGACGGAAGCCACUCCUCAGUAAAAGGCACAUGACAGCCCGCUUGGAGUUUGCCAAAAGGCACCUAAAUACUCUCAGACCAUGAGAAACAAGAUUCUCUUGUCUGAUGAAACCAAGAAUGAACUCUUUGGCCUGAAUGCCAAGUGUCACGUCUGGAGGAAACCUGGCACCAUCCCUACGGUGAAGCAUGGUGGUGGAAGCAUCAUGCUGUGGGGAUGUUUUUCAGCGGCAGUGACUGGGAGACUAGUCAGGAUUGAGGCAAAGAUGAACGGAGCAAAGUACAGAGAGAUCCUUGAUGAAAACCUGCUCCAGAGCUCUCAGGACCUCAGACUGGGGCAAAGGUUCACCUUCCAACAGGACAACGACCCUAAGCACAAAGCCAAGACAACGCAGGAGUGGCUUCGGGACAAGUCUCUGAAUGUCCUUGAGUGGCCCAGCCAGAGCCCGGACUUAAACCUGAUCGAACAUCGCUGGAGAGACCUGAAAAUAGCUGUGCAGCAAAGCUCCCAAUCCAACCUGAGAGAGCUUGAGAUGAUCUGCAGAGAAGAAUGGGAGAAACUCCCCAAAUACAGGUGUGCCAAACUUGUAGCGUCAUACCGAAGAAGACUCAAGGCUGUAAUCGCUGCCAAAGGUGCUUCAACAAAGUACUAAGUAAAGGGUCUGAAUACUAAUGUAAAUGUAAUUAUAAAAACCUGUUUUUCCUUUGUCAUUAUUGGGUAUUAUGUUUAGAUUGAUGAGGGGAAAAAAACAAUUGAAUCCAUUUUAGAACAAAAUGUGGAAAGUCAGGGGGUCUGAAUACUUUCCGAAUGCACUGUACGUUGUUUAUAUAACCCAUAGCCCACAUGCAGUAAUGAUGCCAAGAUCAUGAUGAUACUAGCGGCGCUGAGAUAGUGAGGGUGAUCACUGUUUCUAUUUCCAAUCCCUCCUCCUCACUCUGUUUCUCUCUCUCUUUUAUUAUUUGUCUGUCUGUCUGUCUGUCUGUCUGUCUGUCUGUCUGUCUGUCUGUCUGUCUGUCUGUCUGUCUGUCUGUCUGUCUGUCUGUCUGUCUGUCUGUCUGUCUGUCUGUCUCUCCUCUCUUUCUUUCUCCCUCAGUUGCUUCAGCAGGCCACCUCCUCCAGUAACCUGGGAGCCUUCAGUGGGAUCCAACAGAUGGCAGGUGAGUCCAGUAGAUGUACACACACACACACACACACACACACACACACACUGAGUAGUAUUAUAGAAACUAUGCAGUAGUUUUAUAGGAUGUCGCUGUUGUUCAGAUUUGUUUUGAGUCUGUUAUCAAUCAGGACAGAAGAGUGUGCUAGGCCUCAAAGGAGGGAUGUUUAGUCCGGCAAUAAGGCUUCCGAGAAGAGAGAGAGGAGAUAGGAGCUCUGCUCACCAGUUCCCCCUGCUGGUUUCUUUGUCUUUUCCUCUGCAUGUUCUCCUACCCACACUCCCAACUGUCUCUCUCCAGCCCCUUUAUCCCUCUCCUUUGUUUCUGUAUCUCCCCUCCUUCUUCCUUCAAUUCCUUUCACUGAAUCCCUCAACCUCUCAUCCCACCUACCCCCCCUCUUUCUCCCGUCCUCCUACGCCCUUCCUCUCUCCCACUUGCCGCCUUAGUCCCACUCUCUCUCCCUCCCUCCCUCCCUCCCUCCCUCCCUCCCUCCCUCCCUCCCUCCCUCCCUCCCUCCCUCCCUCCCUCUCCCUCCCUCUCCCUCCCUCUCUCUCUCUUUCUUGCACUCUCCCUCUCCUUGGGUGCUCAGUAAGCUGUCAGCUCCUAAUUGUAGACUGUUUAGCUGGCUGACAGAGAGAAGCAGAGGGGGAAUAUUUAUAGCAGCUAUCGGCACAGGAGUACUGUAAUUGCCAGCACCGCUGAAGGAAAAAAUACAUAAUAAUAAGUAGUGAAAAACUCAAUGGAUCUGAGGAACUGGUUGUUCCAGGGGAGAAAUAAUGUAUUUCUAAAGUAGUAAGCUCAUUGGCUCAAGUUUUUGUCUUGCAAAGUAGGUGGGUUGAGCGUUCUGGACUUGGGGACACAUUUUUAAGAGACAGUAAUGUUGGUUGAUGUGGUGUAGUUGAGUGAGGAUGGGCUCUGAGGAUCUUUUACCUCAGCGAAUGGCCGUUAGAACUCUCUCUCAUACACACACAGCUACAGGAACGCUCAGGGACUUGGAACUGUUGGAACUGGAAGCGAAAUCGCGGCUGCAUUCCGGAAUCCUUUUGGCCGUCCAUCUGUCGCUGGGCAACCGUACAUGAUUGGCAGGAGAUGUGAGACAACUCAGUGACAUCUGUUCCCAGUCUGAGGAGUCGGAGAGCUGUGAGAGGCUCAAUUACUCCAAUGAGCAUUCAAUUAGAGCCAGCUAGCUAGCUAGCGCUAACGAUAGAGCCCCAGCCCAGCUCAGCCCAGGUGGCAUACAGAGCCUCUAUACAGACAUAGAGCUAUAUAGCCCAGAGCACACAGCACUGCACAGCCUCCCAGCUUUAUAGCCCCAAUACUGGAGCUCCUGGUGUGUGCAAAGCUGUCUCUGUGUCUCUCUUCCUCUUUCUGAUAAAUGUUGUAGUUUCAGGACAGGUGCUCUCUGCUGUUUGACAUUCCAGAUGAAGUGUAGCCAUUGUACAUUAAUAGCUUCCUUAGAUCUGUCUUUAUGAACAGGUACUGUAGAGAGGUUUGAUAUUAUAGAUGGCAGCUGAGAAUAGAGCGAUUCGGUCCAUAUUAAAAUGAUGGUACGCUGGUAGCGUUGAUGAUUGUUCUGCUCUGUUCUGCUCUCUAGUACCCCCAUAGCUGUGUUUCUUAGUCUUAGUCAUCCUCCAGGGCCCUAAAACUCAACUCUAGACCUCGAAGCCAGUUCCACUGCCUUUUUAAAAUUGUUUCCCUCUAAUCAGGGACUGAUUGGGUGCAAUUAACUUUGAGGUAGAACAGAAAACCAGCAGGCUCUGGACCUCGUAGGGUAAGAGUUGAAUACCCCUGCUCUAGGGAAUAGUGCUAUAAUCCUCCCUGUUUUGCUUGAUUAAGUGGCAUUAGGCCCCAUCUGUGUGUGUGUGCGUGUGUGUGUGACUGACUGAGUGUAUAGAGUGCAGGGUCAGAUCAGUGUCUCUCCACUCAGCCAAGCCUGAUUGAGUCAUCUGCUCCACUCUAAACCCACAAAGUGACAAAGCCAGUCAACAGUGCUUCCCUCUAUCCGCAGAGUGGAAAAAUAUAGUGUUAUACAAUACUAUAGGGAAUACUUACAGCACACAUACAGUGGCUUUCACCAUGGUUUAUCAGAGUGUUCGUGUGAAACAAUGGUCAGACAGAGGAAGAUGAGCUCUUCUAGGGUCUGUCUGGUUCCUCUUAAGGUUUCUUUCUCCUUUACCACUUAAGCACUCUGUGACCAUUUUUCUUUAAAAUGCUAAUAAGAUUAUAAAUUGUCUUAUAGAGUUGAGUUUUACAAGAAUGAUGUUGUUUAUCAGGAUGACUGGUUGGAACAAGUUUUCACAAUAUGCUACUACAUAUAUUCAUAAUCUCAAGGUUAUGAAGGGAAGAACAUAACUGUAUUGUCUUGGAAAUAGAGAUUAUUUUCCCCAGCCUGCUCUUUUCUGAGGUUAAACACAUAUAUAUGAGUAGGCAAUAGCAGACAGCUGGUGGAUGCACACGUGUUGUUUAUCGCAUGAGAAUUCUGCCCUGUGACUGCAUCCUACACACACCUCCUGUCAAGACCGGUUGUCAUGGCAACCACAGAACCAGAACAUUCUGAUCAGGCUGUUCCGGAAGAAGAGAAGACAGAAUAUUUCAACGCUUGUUCUUUCACGCUGUCAGACGGGCCAAUCGGGACACGAGCACCUCACUAACCAAUCAUACUUGCACCUUCUCUUUAUUGGUCAUGCUGGGUUUAGCCAUCUUGUCCAAUGAUAACUGUUCAGUGAAAACAUAAAUCACCCUAACCCCCUUAAACCAUUCACCCAGGUGCCAAGCUCAGAUUUUCGUCAUGGUGUCUCGUUCAUGUGAUGUGAUGUUGUGUGUGUGUGUGUAUAUUCAUGGUACUGUAUAUACAUUCAGACUGUAUAUACGACACAUACCUCGCAUUUGACAAGGUGUCCGCCCCUCUUUCCUGGAUCCAUAAGAGUGUUAUAUAAACGGUCGUAGUUCUCUCUGUGAGUUGGUCGUUGGAGCUCCAUUGCUCUGUUCUACAGAGUGAUUGUCUGCUUUAUGGAGCCUUGUCCAGCUGUCUCUCAAUACGCCAAACAGCACUUCAGCAUAUGUCCAAUCUACCAUGCCCUAUUUCUCUAUUCACACACACUCACACACACACACGAAUGCAUACAUACACACGCACUGCUCACACACACGCUUUCUCUCUCUCACACACACUCACACGCUGCUGUCACACCACAGUGCAGGGUGUGAGGUUGAGUACCCCUGGAGGUGUCUAAUGGUCGUUACUUUAACAUCAGUCAGAGGCUGGCAUGGCCUCAUUAAUUAUGCUUAAGUAAUGGCCCAUAUGCUAAUGCCAUGUAGCUAAUGAGUAAACCAGGCUACAGUUAGCCUACAUACUAGACUAGAGUUGCAUACUGUACAUGAAUUACUGCCUCCAGAAACCUCCCGGCAGAGAGAACAAAGCUCUAUGUUAAUGUAUAGUCCAAAUGUAUACCUUGUUAUACUACACGUUGUUAUCUGUAAAAGACAACAAUAGAAUCAAAGAGGAAGCUAGACAAAGUAGGAUAGAUGACGCCUUGAGAUGUUCCACAGGUCUUUAUGGAACAGCUUGGACAGUUGGUUGCCAGUGCCGGCUCUCUUCCCCCUUGCAGGAGUUUAAGUCCAGCCUGUCUGUGUGUUAGUGGUCCACAGUUGUCAGGAUCACCUCUGUCUUCGAUUGGUAAUAUCUUGACACCUCCCCUGAAUAGCGGACAAAGAUUAGCAUUGAUAAGUACAAUAGUAAUGUAUUCAUAUAGCACUUUUCACGUCAACCACCAUCCACGAGUAGCACCCAGCUUGUCAACCAGAGUAGAAGACUCUCUUCUCCUUCGGCGUCCACACGGUUAGCACACGGUUCCGGUGCGGUCCAGACGUGGUCCCCAGGUUUGACAACACCCUCUUUGGCUCCUCUCCUCCAGGUAUGAGUGCUCUGCAGUUGCAGAACCUGGCCGCUUUAGCAGCAGCGGCGGCGGCGGCCCAAAACUCAGCCAGCCCCAACGCAAACCCCCUGUCCACCAACGCAGCCUCCCUCGGAGCGCUGGCCAGCCCAGGUAACGCCGCUUCAGAGGGGGGUCAAACGCGGGGACACCUGCCCUCCUGUCCUACCAUCACCUUCAUUUUCAUUGUCAUCAGCAAUACCAUCAUCUUCAUCAUCAUUGCUGAUGAUCAAACCAUCUUCAUUAUCUUCGUCGUAGUCAUUGCUGUCGACACCCACAAGAUAUCCCUCUAUGGUGUGUGUCCGCCAUCUCUUGUUCAUGCGUGGUGUUGUUGUUACCAUGGAGACCCCAUGCCGUGUUCGUCCCGGCCUGCGUGUCUGUGUCUGACAGCGCUUCACCUCCUCAUCGUGUCAUGUGACGUGUACACCCUACGGCCAUAUCAUUCCGUGUCCCACGCGUUGUGUGUAAAACGUACUAUAGCUCAAUGUCGUCUGUGUUCGGUUUCUGCACUGAGAGUUGUCUGUGUGUGGUUGUUUGUGUGGGUUGGUUGUGCCUUUAAAGUGAUUCUCGUUUGUUCGCUUCACACGCCCUCUGAGACACAGGAACUUUAAGUGCAGUGGAGUUGUUUCCGGGGGAGGGAUGGUUGUUGGCAUCCUUAUGUGUCGUGUGUGUGAUGUGCCUCUGGACAUGGCCAGGGUCUGGAGUCUAGAGAGAGAGAGAGACAGACAGACAGACAGACAGACAGCAGUCAGGAGUUCUCUGGAGGAGAUGGGUAACUGAGCUGGGUUCAUCUAGGUCACAUUGAGAAACUCUUCUCUCCUUCUCUUCCUCUUCUUCACUCUCCUGCUUUCUCUCUCUGCUUUUCUCUUAUUCUGCUCUCUCUCUCUCUCUCGCACCCUGUUUCUUUGCUCUCCUGUCUACUCCAGUCUUUCUCCAUUAUGUUUAACUUCUCCUGCUUGCUCUCCCUCUCUCUUUUUCACUCCAUUUGUCCUCUCUCGCUCUCUCUCUUCACCAUCUCUCUUGUCCUCAGCCUUGCUCCUCCAGUUCCCUGGUUGCUGUCUUUUCUGGAGCAGCCUCGUAACAGAGCGUGAAUAAGAGCUUUGUUUAGUGUCUCUCCCUCUCUCUCAUGAACCCAUCACCCUUCGUCUGUCCUGCUCCCUGCUUUCACCCAGCUGCUUAGCAUAGGUUUGAAUGCGCAUUUCUCUCUCUUUCUCUCUCUCUCUCUCUCUCUCUGUGUGUGAAUAUCAGAGCUACAUGAAUAGUGCAUGCUCAGACUCUGCUCAGUGCCAAUGAAAGGCGACACACUCUCCGUCAAUGACAUUUUGACUGAAUAUUAGUUUCAAUUUGAUAAAGAUAGCCAUUUUACCAUCGAGAGACUGCCACGCUUUUCAUUUUCACUAAGUAUACUUUCUGAUGCAGUGUAAGCAUGACAUAGAGGGGUGUGUGGACAUUUGUCUAUUGGACAAUCAAAUAAACCACUGUCUGUAAAGGACAAUUGUUAUUCACCCUCAUUGCACUUAGGGACCAUACAGAAGUUAGGCAUGUUCUUGUCACUCAUGAUCUGCUCUUGUUUGAUUAUUUUGUAUUUGUGUGUGUCACAAUCGUGUCUGUGUGUGUCUGUGUCUCUGUUCUAGGGCUAAAUUAACCUUGUAAAAAGAAAUAAAAAAAGUACAGUAUGCCGAGAUAUAUCUCUGUCAUACCUAGGGAUCCUAAACAGGAAUCUAGCGAAGGGUCUAGUUUAGUCUAGUUGGUCGUCUGGCACUCUUGUUUGCGCUCUUGCCUGCCUGUCUGCCUGCUUUAGGUUUGGUCAUUACGUGAACGCUUCAAGAAAAAACAACCAAGUCCCUCACCUUUUCAUAGCUACACACGCAUCCACAACUACUGUGUACAUCGUGCUCUGCAUUUACAGUACAUAUGUGUGAGGGAUCUUUAUAUGUACACUUACCUGGCAGCUACACUCAUUUCUAGGACAUUCAGUGUUGAAUGAGGGCAGAGACAUAUUUAUUCCCUGCCUGCCACUCUCCCGUGCUCCAGUUUGUCUGAGCAGGGAGGAUGUUGUUGCUUAUAUCCCUAAAAUGUCCACUUGGAUGUCUCCGCUUCUCUAACACGUGUGCUUGUUGUCUUGUUAUUCCUUCCUCUCCUCCUCCCCCUGGUAUCCUCUCUUCCCGACAGCGGGCACCACAGCCAACUCCUCGGGCAUGAACUCUCUGACCUCUCUGGGCACUCUGCAGGGCCUCGCUGGCGCCACCAUGGGGCUGAACAACAUUAAUGCACUAGCAGGUAGCGUCAACAGUGAGUAUUCACCGACCAUCGGCCGCUCACCACUCAUCUCACCACCACCGCCAUCACCAUCGCUCAGACACAGAGAUACGCUGCUGUUGCAGAGAAACAUAUCUAGAAACCACCUCCAGUAUGUUUUACAAACAUGCUUAAUAAUAACACUGGUAAUGAUAUGAAGACAGUACUCUAAACACUACCAAAGUCCCGGGUCAAAAGAUCUGUCACUGUGGUAAACUAUGCCCAUGGUAGCCUUGCUAUGUGGCAUCUCUCUGUGUCCUCUCCUGAAGAAGUCACCUGUUCAGCCUGGCUUUAUGCUCCAGGCUGCACCUCCCUAACCCACCACAUCCUCACAAAGACCAUGGCUACCAAUAUAUCCAUCCAUCCAUCUAUUCAUUAAUCCAUCCGCUUCCUGGUUGUGUCACACAGGGUGGUGCCUGUUGUAAGAGUGCUGGUGUUUAUGUUGUCACUUUGUCAGCGUGCUGAUGUCGCUUCACGUCUGUGUGGUGUCGUGUACGUGUCACUAGUGAAUCUGCACACUCGUGUACAAGUAGAGGUACAUUUUUUCAACAACAAAAAAACAACCUUUUAGUAGAGGUGAAGGGAAGAAAAUAUUCUGCAACUCUAGGAAGAGUACGGAAGUGGACUUCCACUUCAGCUUGUGGCCUUCAUCAGGUUGUAGUAACUCAGUCUACAUUUAUGAGAUGAGCUGUGUCCCAGUAGUCGUAGCAGGCCAUGUUAGUGAGUUUCUCUGAUGGCCCCAGUCUCUGUCCUGUCAUGUCCUGCUACACCUCUGGGGGAAAGUAAAAGUGUGUAGUCUUAAUCAGUGUUGUUAUGACAGCAGAGAUCCUGUAAAACCAGCCCAUUCUCCACAUAUUCUCCCCUGACCUUUUCCUGCUUCUUCUACAGUUGCCAUAUCCGCUUUAUAAAUCACCCCACCGCUCAAACACGAUGAGAAUGCUAGUUUCACAUUAAUCUUCUUCUCUCUCACCCCUCCUUCUCUCAUUUAAGCACAUCUAGGCUUUAAUUGAAGCGUAAAGGUCAGCGGUGCAAUUAUUCCUGAAUAAAUGAGUGACCUAUAAUUUCCAGCGCCGUGGUCAUCAUUUACAUCUCUGUCAGAUGGUGGCGGGCGGCGGGACAUUUGGGAACAUCGACCCCCUCAGACUGUUGCCCUGCUAGGCAGUAAAGCCACACUAACAAGUGUAGCUGUCAUUUUUACCUCGCUGCUCGUCGUUACCCUCUAAAUGGCCAAAUAAGGACGGGGGCAUGCCAGGGACGUGCCGUUUGAUUGGUGUUUGACACUUGGUCUGGGGUCUGAUUGGUCUAACAGUAGUGAGGUGAUUUCUCCUCUGUGUGGGUGGUGAAAACGUCAAAGAGCGAUAGAUUGAGCGAUGCUAUUGAGGAGAUUGAGAUGUUGGUUCUUGAGUACACUAGCGAGUUCUGAAGUGUGGAUGUUAAACUCGUACAUUAGGCCUUGAAUGUAUUGUGUGUGUGUUGUGCAGUGGGGGGGGGGGGGGGGGCUAGGGAUGUUGUCAUGGUGAUCUUUCAGCGGCUGGCAGCUUGUUUCUGCUGUGGUGUUCUAGUUUGCAUGGGUCAGGCCAGGCUCUCCAUUCACCUCUGUGUUACUUGUUUUAAUGUAUAUUACGUGUAGGACAAGUGUAUUAUGCGUGUGUGUGUGUGAGAGAUAAAAUAAAUACAUAUUUUAUGCAUAUAGUUACAUAUCCUGUACAAAAUGUUUUGAAAUGUGUUUUACAUUGUGAUAUUUUUGUGUAUUGUAGAAGUGCUGUCCUGUAGAAGUGCUGUAUGUAUGUACAGUGAGGGAAAAAAGUAUUUGAUCCCCUGCUGAUUUUGUACGUUUGCCCACUGACAAAGAAAUGAUCAGUCUAUAAUUUUAAUGGUAGGUUUAUUUGAACAGUGAGAGACAGAAUAACAACUAAAAAAAUCCAGAACAACGCAUGUCAAAAAUGUUAUAAAUUGAUUUGCAUUUUAAUGAGGGAAAUAAGUAUUUGACCCCCUCUCAAUCAGAAAGAUUUCUGGCUCCCAGGUGUCUUUUAUACAGGUAACGAGCUGAGAUUAGGAGCACACUCUUAAAGGGAGUGCUCCUAAUCUCAGUUUGUUACUUGUAUAAAAGACACCUGUCCAUAGAAGCAAUCAAUCAAUCAGAUUCCAAACUCUCCACCAUGGCCAAGACCAAAGAGCUCUCCAAGGAUGUCAGGGACAAGAUUGUAGACCUACACAAGGCUGGAAUGGGCUACAAGACCAUCGCCAAGCAGCUUGGUGAGAAGGUGACAACAAUUGGUGCGAUUAUUCGCAAAUAGAAGAAACACAAAAGAACUGUCAAUCUCCCUCAGCCUGGGGCACCAUGCAAGAUCUCACCUCGUGGAGUUGCAAUGAUCAUGAGAACGGUGAGGAAUCAGCCCAGAACUACACGAGAGGAUCUUGUCAAUGAUCUAAAGGCAGCUGUGACCAUAGUCACCAAGAAAACAAUUGGUAACACACUACGCCGUGAAGGACUGAAAUCAUGCAGCGCCCGCAAGGUCCCCCUGCUCAAGAAAGCACAUAUACAGGCCCAUCUGAAGUUUGCCAAUGAACAUCUGAAUGAUUCAGAGGAGAACUGGGUGAAAGUGUUGUGGUCAGAUGAGACCAAAAUCGAGCUCUUUGGCAUCAUCUCAACUCGCCGUGUUUGGAGGAGGAGGAAUGCUGCCUAUGACCCCAAGAACACCAUCCCCACCGUCAAACAUGGAGGUGGAAACAUUAUGCUUUGGGGGUGUUUUUCUGCUAAGGGGACAGGACAACUUCACCGCAUCAAAGGGGCGAUGGACGGGGCCAUGUACCGUCAAAUCUUGGGUGAGAACCUCCUUCCCUCAGCCAGGGCAUUGAAAAUGGGUUAUGGAUGGGUAUUCCAGCAUGACAAUGAUCCAAAACACACGGCCAAGGCAACAAAGGAGUGGCUCAAUAAGAAGCACAUUAAGGUCCUGGAGUGGCCUAGCCAGUCUCCAGACCUUAAUCCCAUAGAAAAUCUGUGGAGGGAGCUGAAGGUUCAAGUUGCCAAACGUCAGCCUCGAAACCUUAAUGACUUGGAGAAGAUCUGCAAAGAGGAGUGGGACAAAAUCCCUCCUGAGAUGUGUGCAAACCUGGUGGCCAACUACAAGAAGCGUCUGACCUCUGUGAUUGCCAACAAGGGUUUUGCCACCAAGUACUAAGUCAUGUUUUGCAGAGGGGUCAAAUACUUAUUUCCCUCAUUAAGAUGCAAAUCAAUUUAUAACAUUUUUGACAUGCGUUUUUCUGGAUUUUUUGUUGUUGUUAUUCUGUCUCUCACUGUUCAAAUAAACCUACCAUUAAAAUUAUAGACUGAUCAUGUCUUUGUCAGUGGGCCAACGUACAAAAUCAGCAGGGGAUCAAAUACUUUUUUCCCCUCACUGUAUGUAUGUGUGUCUGUCUGUAUGUAUGUAUGUAUGUAUGUAUGUAUGUAUGUAUGUAUGUAUGUAUGUAUGUAUGUACAGUACCAGUCAAAAGUUUGGACACACCUACUCAUUCAAGGGUUUUUCUUUAUUUUAACUAUUUUCUACAUGUAGAAUAAUAGUGAAGACAUCAAAACGAUGAAAUAACACAUAUGGAAUCAUGUAGUAACCAAAAAAGUGUUAAGCAAAUCCAAAUAUAUUUUAUAUUUGAGAUUCUUCAAAUUAGCCACCCUUUGCCUUGAUAACAGCUUUGCACACUCUUGGCAUUCUCUCAACCAGCUUCAUGAGGUAGUCACCUGGAAUGCAUUUCAAUUAACAGGUGUACCUUGUUAAGUUAAUUUGUGGAAUUUAUUUCCUACUUAAUGCAUUUGAGCCAAUCAGUUGUGUUGUGACAAGGUAGGGGUGGUAUACAGAAGAGAGCCCUAUUUGGUAAAAGACCAAGUCCAUAUUAUGGCAAGAACAGCUCAAAUAAGCAAAGAGAAACGACAGUCAAUCAUUACUUUAAGACAUGAAGGUCAGUCAAUCCGGAAAAUUUCAAGAACUUUGAACGUUUUGUUAAAGUGCAGUCGCAAAAACCAUCAAGCGCUAUGAUGAAACUGUCUCUCAUGAGGACCGCCACAGGAAAGGAAGACCCAGAGUUACCUCUGCUGCAGAGGAUAAAUUCAUUUGAGUUAACUGCACCUCAGAUUGCAGCCCAUAUAAAUGCUUCACAGAGUUCAAGUAACAGAAACAUCUCAACAUCAAUUGUUCAGAGGAACUCUGGGUCAUCCUUUCCUGUGGCGGUCCUCAUGAGAGACAGUUUCAUCAUAGCGCUUGAUGGUUUUUGCGACUGCACUUUAACAAAACUUUCAAAGUUCUUGAAAUGUUCCUAUUGACUGACCUUCAUGUCUUAAAGUAAUGAUUGACUGUCGUUUCUCUUUGCUUAUUUGAGCUGUUCUUGCCAUAAUAUGGACUUGGUCUUUUACCAAAUAGGGCUGUCUUCUGUAUACCACCCCUACAUUUUUACAUUUACAUUUUAGUCAUUUAGCAGACGCUCUUAUCCAGAGCGACUUACAGUUAGUGAGUGCAUACAUUUUCAUACUGGCCCCCCGUGGGAAUCGAACCCACAACCCCGGCGUUGCAAGCGCCAUGCUCUACCAACUGAGCUACACGGGACUGUGGUAUUUGGUAGCAUUGCCUUUAAAUUGUUUAACCUGGGUCAAACGUUUCGGGUAGCCUUCCACAAGCUUCCCACAAUAAAUUGGGUGAAUUUUGGUCCAUUCCUCCUGACAGAGCUGGUGUAACUGAGUCAGGUUUGUAGGCCUCCUUGCUUGCACACGCUUUUUCAGUUCUGCCCACACAUUUUCUAUAGGAUUGAGGUCAGGGCUUUGUGAUGGCCACUCCAAUACCUUGACAUUGUUGUCCUUAAGCCAUUUUGCCACAACUUUGGAAGUAUGCUUGGGGUCAUUGUCCAUUUGGAAAACCCAUUUGCGACCAAGCUUUAACUUCCUGACUGAUGUCUUGAGAUGUUGCUUCAAUAUAUCCACAUAAUUUUCCUUCCUCAUGAUGCCAUCUAUUUUGUGAAGUGCACCAGUCCCUCCUGCAGCAAAGCACCCCCACAGCAUGAUGCUGCCACCCCCGUGCUUCACGGUUGGUAUGGUGUUCUUCGGCUUGCAAGCAACCCCCUUUUUCCUCCAAACAUAACGAUGGUCAUUAUAGCCAAACAGUUCUAUUUUUGUUUCAUCAGACCAGAGGACAUUUCUCAAAAAAGUACGAUGUUUGUCCCCAUGUGCAGUUGCAAACAGUAGUCUGGCUUUUUUAUGGCGGUUUUGGAGCAGUGGCUUCUUCCUUGCUGAGCGGCCUUUCAGGUUAUGUCGAUAUAGGACUCGCUUUACUGUGGAUAUAGAUACUUUUGUACCUGUUUCCUCCAGCAUCUUCACAAGGUCCUUUGCUGUUGUUCUGGGAUUGAUUUGCACUUUUCGCACCAAAGUACGUUAAUCUCUAGGAGACAGAACGCGUCUCCUUCCUGAGCGGUAUGACGGCUGCGUGGUCCCAUGGUGUUUAUACUUGCGUACUAUUGUUUGUACAGAUGAGCGUGGUACCUUCAGGCAUUUGGAAAUUGCUCCCAAGGAUGAACCAGACUUGUGGAGGUCUACAAAUAUUUUUCUGAAGUCUUGGCUGAUUUCUUUUGAUUUUCCCAUGAUGUCAAGCAAAGAGGUACUGAGUUUGAAGGUAGGCCUUGAAAUACAUCCAAAGGUACACCUCCAAUUGACUCAAAUGAUGUCAAUUAGCCUAUCAGAAGCUUCUAAAGCCAUUACAUCAUUUUCUGGAAUUUUCCAAGCUGUUUAAAGGCACAGAGAACUUAGUGUAUGUAAACUUCUGACCCACUGGAAUUGUGAUACAGUGAAUUAUAAGAGAAAUAAUCUGUCUGUAAACAAUUGUUGGAAAAAUUACUUGUUUCAUGCACAAAGUAGAUGUCCUAACCGACUUGCCAAAACUAUAGUGUAACAAGAAAUUUGUGGAGUGGUUGAAAAACGAGUUUUAAUGACUCCAACCUAAGUGUAUGUAAACUUCCGACUUCAACUGUAUGUAUGUAUGUUGAGUGAAUGAGUAUGUAUGUAUGUAUGUAUGUAUGUAUGUAUGUAUGUAUGUACUUUAUGUAUGUUGAGUGAAUGAGUGUGUAUACAUGUAUGUAUGUUGAGUGAAUGAGUGCGUAUGUAUAAUGAGUGUGUGUGUGGUUAAACACAACCUGCAGUGGAGCUCUAAUGAGUAAGUGCACUCUUCUUUUUUUUUUAUUGUUGGGUUUUAUGUAAAGUUGCUCAAAUGCUCUCAGGUAUGGCGGCCCUAAACGGAGGCCUGGGCGGCGCGGGGCUGACCAACGGCACGGCGGGCACCAUGGACGCGCUCACACAGGCCUACUCAGGGAUCCAGCAGUAUGCAGCUGCAGCCCUGCCCACCCUCUACAGCCAGUCCCUGCUGCAGCAGCAAGGUGCCGCCGGCAGCCAGAAAGAGGGUCAGUGGGCGUGGGGUGGAGACAGGGGGCGGGGGGAAGGGACAGGGGGAGGGAAGAGGCAAGAGGAGGGUGGAGGGGGUUCUGGAGAGUUGAGGGGGAAGUGAAGGAAUCAAGGGGUGGAGUGUUGGGAGAGAGGUAUGCCCUCCCAAUACAGCCAGUCCCGACUGCAAUAGUCUAACUUGCACAAGAAGCUGUCUAGCGAGAUUACUAAUGCAACAACGAUACUAACCACCGGUAGCCAGAAACAGGAUGAGCACUAAGGGUAGAGGGGAGAGCAUAGUGGAAUAAAGAUGUAUGCAUUAACUCUCUAUAAUCUCUUUACUCUGUAUGUCUCUGGGUUUAACCCUUACCCUGUACUGUCCCGUGUCUCUCUCCUGUUAGGGCCUGAAGGUGCCAACCUGUUCAUCUACCACCUGCCCCAGGAGUUUGGAGACCAGGACAUCCUGCAGAUGUUCAUGCCUUUUGGAAACGUGGUCUCUGCCAAAGUCUUCAUUGACAAACAGACAAACCUGAGCAAGUGCUUCGGUACGUCCGCCAGUACUAACGCACUGAAAACACACACCUGUGUAUGAAUUACAUGUUGUAUUCAUUUUCAGUCAUUUGAGUUUCUUCUACAUCUCCUACAUCCUUUUGUGUACCCUCUCUCUCUCUCCUCUUGUACCCUGUCCAUUUCCCUCUCUGCCUCUCAGGCUUCGUCAGCUAUGACAAUCCCGUGUCGGCGCAGGCAGCAAUUCAGGCCAUGAAUGGCUUCCAGAUCGGCAUGAAGAGGCUGAAGGUGCAGCUCAAGCGCUCCAAGAACGACAGCAAACCAUACUGA